CCCUCCUCUUCUUCCCUUCUUCCUCUUCCUCUUCCUCCUUCAACGAACUUUACCAAAAUCCGAUUCUCCUUAACUUCGUUGACACUCACAGUGUUUAGCAAAGCUUAUCGCGAAAUCAUCUUCUUCGUAUCUUCGUUAACAUCUUCCUGUGCUUGUUCCAAAGUACAAACCGCUUUACCAAGCUUCACUUCAAGGUUUGAGCUCCAGACCUACUACCGUUAGAAUCUCGUAAACAACAAACUCACGCUGUACAGCAUGUUCAACAUGAUGUCUCCUACGGAACAAGUCCUCCUGUACGGAAGAACCCUGAACCCGGAGUACGAGUCAUUAGACAUGCUCGACUUGACUGCAGGACUGGACACCGUCUUUGCAGCUCUAAUCUUCUUCUUCUUCGUCGCCGUAAACUGGAACACCUUCACCUCUGGCAUCUCGUUCGGAGCCAAGCUGCUUGCAGCUGUUUUCUCUCCCCUCGAAUUUCUCGUCGCGUGCGUUGACGCGUUCAAGAGAAGGAUGGUCCAGAGCCAGAUGGGUCGUCGCCUUUCCGACCUCCGUAACUGGUAUUUCCCUGCCCGUCGUCCCAUCGCCAUGAUCUCGCGGGUUUAUGUCACAAUCGUCACUUUGAUGUGGACGAGUCAAGAUCUUCUGACGCCCGGCUACCAUGUCUUGUAUGGCAUGGCUGAUGGUAUGGGACCCGCAGGCUGGGACUACUGGGAGUACUGCCUGAACCUGGAUCGUGGUUCUCCGGCAGGCCGGUGGUCCAGCAGUCGGCGGCUCCAGGGAUUCCAUUGUGACGGAGUCGACCUCGGCGUGGAGUUGUUCUCUGUCUGGGAAGACUACAUCCCAACGUUCAGCGUUGGAGAUGAUAUUGAACACCUCCAGAUUUUCCGUUUCGUCUGUUUCGUUUUGGCCCUCGCCAGCAUUCUUGCCGCGGCUGUUAUCGCGAUCCGUCAUUCUUCUCCUGUCAAGGCCAUUGAGACGCUUUGCAGCUGGACACGUUCGGUGUCAAAGAACGGUCCUGAAGAUGAGGCACAGCACCAAGAUACAGCAUUGAUCGAGCAAGUUGAACUUCUUUCGGCCAAGAUUGGCACUUACGAAGCAAUGUUGGAUGAGGUACGAGGCCAGCUGGCCGCCAAAACCGAGCAGGCGAACGGAAUGGAGGUGCGCUUUGACGAACUCCGGUCGAAAAAUCAGAUGCUGGUUGCACGUUGCGAAGAGGACAAGGUUGCCCAGCAAGAGAGUCUGAUCACCAGUCUUCGUCAAGAGCUAGAACGGGUCAACUGUCGCCUCAUAAUGGCUAACGGAAGAGCGCGGGGGGCGCAGUACAAGUCUGACUCACGGGAGCAGACUCUCACCAACCGCGUCGCCGAGCUAGAGGAGCAGCUGGCUCGCAAGAAUGAUGAAGCGAAUGCCAACUCUCGCGGCAUUAUUGAAUCGCUUCAAGCAGAACUCCAGAUUCGGACCGAUGAGUUUAACGCCAUGGCGCGCCGUCUAGAAGCCGUUGAAGCGCAGGCCGAAAGGAUCUGCGACAGUGAAAAGCUCCGUGUGACAAAGGAGGAGGGUCUGCGCAAGGAUGCAGAUAUCCGUAGACUCCAGAAACUACUUCAGGUUCAGGAGGAGCAGUCUUACGAGCGGGCGAGGGAACUUAUCGCCACCGAAGACUUGCUUUCCAGGCAAGAAGUUGUGAUCCAGGACCUGGGCGCAAGAAUUCGGGCUCACGAGGCAGCACCCCAGGUGCAGGCCACGGAGCCUAACGCCGCAGAGAUCCGUGACCUGGAAAGAAAACUUCAAAUUUCCGAGGCACAGUGUCACAUGCAAGCAGCACAACUCGGAAGCGCGGAAGUACAAGUGAAUGCCCUGCAGGCCAAGCUCGGAGAGUACUCCCACUUGCUGGAGGCAGAGGGUCGCGCAAAGCAAGAAAUCGACUUCUGGUCGCAACAGUACGACACACUCUUUGCCGAGCAUUUCGACCUUAAUGGACAGCAUAAGAACCUUUUUGAACAGCAUGAGAAGCUGAAGAGUGCGUUCAAAGGGGACGAAGCUGCCCAGGAAAUCCUGGGGCUGCGGGCCGAGAUCGAGUCUCUUAAAUCCGCGGAAGCCGAGGCGAAGGCGACAGAAGCCGAGCAGAAGAUGAUGGAGGCUGAGGGGGUCGCGAAUUCUCUCCGGCAAGCCGACGAAGGGCAUCGCAAGACCAUGAAAAGCCUCAAAGACGCCUACGAUAAGGAGGUGGAGAGAUUCGAUGACGAGGUCGCGGCGGCACGUGCGGCUGCCGACGAGGCUCGGAAGCAGGUGAAGGGCCUGGAGGAGGAACUCAAGGAGAUGUCGCGGCAAGUCGGCAUCGCCUCCAGGGAUGCUCAGCGUUUCCGGGAGCAGAAGGAGGGCACCGAGGCGGAGAGGGACAAGCUCACGGGCGUCAAUGACGUCCUUGAGCACCGUCUGAAGUUUUGGGAGAACAGCGAGAGUAUGCAAACGAUCCCCAAGCGCCGUACGGGCGACUUGGGGUCUCUUGCAACGGCUCUGGACGAGGCCAGGGUCGAAAUCUCCAGGCAGCAGACCGAAAUCAACGAUCUGCGUGCCAAACUCCAAGCUCAGACGGAGUCCGCCGCCUCAGCCGCUUCUGCUCCCUCCGACCAGGCCCUUCAAGACAGCGUCAACCGUUUGCGACAUGCCUUGGAGGUCGAGAAAAGACAGCGAACCGAGGACCAGGUUCGCUGGGGCCGGCAGGUCCAAGACUUGCAGCAGGAAAACCAGCGGCUGCAGGUUUCCAUCUCCAGCGCCGGCCUGGGUCGCGGCCGCGGUCGUGGUCGAGGCCGAGGCGGUUGA